AACAGUUCUAUGCAUAUCACAGAACCCACAGAUUGUGCAAAGAACUCCUCAAAAUGUUGCUGUUAUAUCUCCCGAUAGUGCUGACAUUUUUCAUAUACAUAUUGUAUUUGUACUUCACAAGGACUUUUAAGUACUGGAAAAGCAGAAAAGUUCGCGGGCCAGAACCAACCGUGUUCUUUGGUAACAUCAAGGAAUCAGCUCUUCGCCAAAAAAAUAUUGGCGUGAUAAUGCAAGAAAUCUACAAUAACUAUCCCAACGAAAAAGUUGUCGGUGUUUACAGAAUGACUUCUCCUUGUCUUCUUAUACGAGACUUGGAUAUCGUUAAACAUAUCAUGAUCAAGGAUUUCGAAGUGUUCGGUGAUCGCGGCGUUGAAUUCAGCAAGAAAGGACUGGGACAAAACUUGUUCCAUGCUGAUGGAGAUACAUGGACAGCUUUGAGGAAUCGGUUUAGUCCAAUUUUUACAACGGGUAAAUUAAAAAAUAUGUUUUAUUUAAUGAACGAAGGCGCUAAUAAUUUUGUGGAGCAUAUCAGCACGGAAUGCCAAAAGAAGCAAGAGUUUGAAAUACAUUCUCUUCUCCAAACGUACACAGUGUCUACUAUAUCUGCUUGUGCUUUCGGAGUUGGCUACGACAGUCUAGAUGACAAGUUGGAGACGCUUAAACUCGUGGAUCAGAUAAUUUCAGCACCAACAUACGCUAAUGAAUUAGACAUGAUGUACCCAGGACUUCUCACAUCCCUCAAUCUUUCUAUUAUUCCGGUACCUAUACAGAAAUUUUUCAAAAAUCUUGUCGAUAACAUCAUAUCUCAAAGGAAUGGUAAGCCAUCGGGAAGAAAUGAUUUUAUGGACCUAAUACUAGAACUUCGUGAAAUGAGAGAAGUCAAUUAUACAAAAUAUGGAAAUUUUGUGAAGCCUCUAGAAAUUACUCCUGAGGUGAUGGCAGCGCAAGCUUUUGUAUUUUAUGUGGCUGGGUAUGAGACAAGUGCAACCACUAUGGCCUACCUGAUGUACCAACUAGCGCUGAAUCAAGAUAUCCAAAACAGGUUGAUAGCUGAAAUUGACGAAGUAAUUCAAAGGAAUACUGGAGAAGUGACAUACGACAUGAUUAAGGAAAUGAAAUAUUUGAACAAAGUAUUUGAUGAGACUCUACGAAUGUACUCAAUUGUAGAACCACUGCAAAGAAAAGCCACAAGAGACUACCAAGUGCCUGGGACUGACCUGGUAAUAGAAAAGGGUACAAUAGUUUUGAUAUCCCCGAGAGGAAUUCACUAUGAUGAGAAAUAUUACGACAAUCCCGACGUAUUCAACCCUGACAGAUUUGACCCGGAAGAGGUAGGCAAGCGCCAUCCGUGUGCUUACUUACCUUUUGGACUCGGACAAAGAAACUGCGUUGGCAUGCGAUUUGGCAGACUUCAGUCUCAGUUAUGCAUUGUAAAGGUCUUGUCCAAGUUCCGCGUGGAACCGUCGAAGAAUACAGACAGGAAUUUAAAGGUUACUCCACACCGAGCUAUCAUUGGACCAAAAGGAGGGAUCCAUCUUAAUAUUAUUCCUAGAAAAAUCAAAGCUUAGGGUAAAGAUUGUAGUCUAAAAAAUCUACUGAAAUAUACGUAGAUGUAUGUACAGUACAAUUAAUUAUGUUAGACUUAUAACUUAAAACAAGUUCGUUAAACUGUAUAGUUUAUUUAAAUGGUUCAUUUUAACCUCGUAAUAUCCUUGAGAUUCUUUUUAAAUGAUACUAAAAGUAAGUUUACCAAUUUUAAGGUGGAUGCCUAGAUAGACCUCGCCAUACAUUUUUCAGGUGUGGAAAUCUCCGUAAAUAAACAGUUUCUGUAGAAUGAGAGCAAUUCUAAUGAGACUUUAUAAUGUUAUGUUCGCGUAUGGCCCAAAUUCUAUUUUAUUAUAUUUGCACAAAAGACUGUUCAUGUUCGAAAUGAAUUUUAUUUGUAAAUAAAUAUUUUUAGCAUAGUAUUAGGAAAAAUCAUGUUGUAACAUAUUGAUAGCCGAUGCUCCGACUGAAAAUAAAUAAAUGAGUUUACA